AUGGUGUUAGAUAGUCAAUAUCAACAUCUGAUAGCGUGGAAUUAUACCGGAUCCUCGUUUAUUGUAUGCAACAUCAUGGAAUUUUCACGAGAUGUUCUACCGAAACAUUUUAAGCACAACAAUUUCUCGAGUUUCGUUAGGCAAUUAAACAUGUAUGGUUUUCAUAAAGUCAACAAAUCACCACGCGGGCACCGGACAUUAGCAGAAAAUCAGAUCUGGGAGUUUUCUCAUCCCAAAUUCCUACGGGAUCGCGACGAUCUUCUCAAUGAUAUCAAGCGCAAGUCGUUAGAAUCAGAUAACUCACGACGAGAAGGAGGCGAGAUCAACGGACAUGUGGCAAUGAUUCAAAUGUCACAAACCAAUAUGAUGCAGCAAAUUGCUCACCUCUUUGAAAACUUCAAUGAGGUUGUCAAGGAGUUGACGGAAAUGAAGCGAAAACAAGAAAUUCAACAACAGAUGCUGAAGGACAUGAUGCAACAUAUAUCUCAGCAAAAUGGCGGUAAGUAG